CACGCACUAGUGACCUGCCAAUGCGACGCAUCUCACUCUCAAAAGGUCUCGAACGCUACACGGCAGCGAAGAGCAUGGGGAAUUGACUGCGGACUCAUUGAUAAAGAAUUGCCACUGGAAUUAAAAUGAACAAUUCGUCCUGUAUGUUCCUUUGCAGUAUCCAUUUAGUAUAGUCUAUUUGUUUAUGACACUGUAGGAAACCGAAGCAUGGCGGGUACCUUAUCAUUGGUGAUGUUGUUUGGAGUGGUUGGGGUAUUGGUGGCUUCUAAGACGGAGCGGGCGGUGCAGGUGCCCUGUGAGUCAGGCCAGUACACCAAGGGUGGAGAGUGCUGCGAGGUGUGCCCACCUGGAGAGGGGGUGGUGAGGAGGUGUGGUGCCAACCAGACCGUCUGCGCCCAGUGCCUAGACAGUGAGACCUACUCAGAGACCUACAGCCACACAGACACAUGUAUCCCCUGCACCAUGUGUACAGGUCUGAUGCGCAUGCAGACGCCCUGCACUGACUCCAACAAUGCCAUCUGCGUGUGUGACUACAACUACUACCUGAAUGAGGUGUCUGGGCGCUGCGAGCCCUGCACGGUGUGCCCGGCGGGCCAGGGCGUGUUGGCACACUGCGAGCACAACCACGACACGGUGUGUGAGGAGUGUAUAGACGACACCUACUCCGACCGGGACAGCUCCCUGGACCCCUGCCUGCCCUGCACCAUAUGUGAUGAGGGCAUCGAGGUGGAGCUGAGCGCCUGCACCCCCGUCAGCGACUCCCUCUGCCACAAUCCUCUCUUCCCGUCCUACACGUCUCCCACCUUUCCCCUGGACCUGUCUUCCCCCUCUUUCACAGACAUCUUCCCACCAGACAGCUCCAGCAGCCCCUCCCCGGGGGGAGAGAGCACCACGGCCCAGCCCAGCCCUCACUUCAUCAGACCGGGCUUCAACGAGAACCUCAUCCCCAUCUACUGCUCCAUCCUGGCUGCUGUGGUGGUGGGGCUGGUGGCCUACAUCGUCUUCAAAAGGUGGAACAGCUGCAAGCAGAACAAACAGCCGGCUAACAACCACCAAGCCACAGCAGCCAAUCAAACGGUGACGCCGGAGGGGGAGAAGCUGCACAGCGACAGCGGCAUCUCAGUGGACAGCCAGAGUCUGCAGGAGCAGCAGCAUGCAGCCCAGGCCCAGGUCCAGACACAGAGACAGGAACAGAUAGUGGUGAGGGUGGAUGGGGGACCUGACUCACCUCCCCCCCAGGUCUGAGGAAGAGGAGAAGCCGCUGACAGGAAGGAGGAAAAGGAGGAGAGGGGGAAGUGGGUUGCCAUGGAAACCUUGAUGUGGGAAUGGACAUACAGUAUAAGAGUACAGACUGAGUGGGCUUCUUGGAUACAACAAGGAAGUUGACGACAUUAUCCCUUUUCAUUAUCCCAUUAUCCCUUUUCCACCCUUUUCACCAAGGGUGGCCACUGGUUUCUGACUGACCUCUUGUCCCAGUAUGGACCCUUAUUGGACAGACUGGAGCAUCAGAGGCUGACCCAGUAUCUCUACACAGAACCCAACUCUGCCAGUGUGUCUUUGAACACUAAGCCUCUCCGCCAGUACCAACACCAACCCCAACCCCAACACCAACACCAAACCCAACCCCAACACCAACACCAACCCUAACACCAACCCCAACACCAAACGUCUGCCUCAAGUCACUAAAGUUGCAAUAUCACUACCACCCAUAAUCCAAGAAGCAUCACUGUGUUAGAUAUCCUGGUCUCUGUCUUUUCUGUCAGCUGGUGUUGACCAAUCAUUAUGAAAGUGUGUUAGUAUGUUAUCCCAUGAAGGAGUUUUAUCAUGUGUCCCCAUAAGUUCACUGCCAACUUCCUUUGACCAUUUGCUAAAAUUAUUAUUCAUCCACCCCCCGAUUCCCCCCUACUCACUCACAUCAUCAAAUGUUUGUGCCUCAGAGGUAGAUAAACUCUCUGUCCCCUCUCUCCCCUUGUCUGUACUCUCUCUCUCUCAGCGUGUAACUAUCUGUCCCUCUUUCCAUCCCUCCAUCUAUUCCUAUCCUAUCCUAGUGUGUUCUCAGGGCUAGUCCUGCAGUAGUCUCUCAGUGACUCCGUCACACCUCCAGACUGUCUUCUCAGACCUCAGCAGCCUGUUGUAAUCCUCCAUGUGAUCCUGUCUGAUAGUAUCCCACUGUUAUCUAUUCAACAUAACUCAGUGGGGGAACGGUUAUGCUGCGUUUAGAUGGUACGAGGUAGACGGCGUUCGGAUGUCAUUGUUUUCAAUGAGAGCACGACGGUAAAUGCCGUUGAGGUCACGGUAGACGGGACAUGCCACCAGAGUUAAAAUAUUUAAACUUUUGUUGUCUGUCGUAUCGUUGUUUCUACCGGAUGUUGAUUUGCACCGUUUGUUUACCGAAAUCACCAUAGCAACCAUACCAUCGUGCUGGCUUGCUUUCUUCUUGUAUUCCGCCUCUCUUAGGGGUUGAGUUACAAGGCUUCCUCAGCAGUGCAGCUCCAUUACCCCAGGAGCUGUGAUAUGCAAUAUGAGGAGCAUUUUUGGACUGUUGAACAUUGCUGACUCAUUGACCUGACACGUAAUGUGAUGUCCAACUGCCAAAAAUGGAACUGUGACGUCAUCAGAAAGAGGCUCUGCAGUAUCAGUAUUCGAGGCUGUUCCAUGGUAGCCUGACGAGAGUUGGCUAGAAAUAGUAUACAGAGUUUAUAUACAAACACUGUAUAGUAGGCUAUACUCAAGACUCCCCUUAAAUAUCCAUUACAUUGUACUUGCUAAUGAGUGGAGACAUGGGACACUCGUCAGAGACUUCCGUCUCACUGAAAUAAACACGAGCACUUGCACACACACACUCACGUGCAGAUAUGUGUGUGUGCUAAAGAGUGUGCGGUGGCGCUAAUGUGUCUGCUGCGGUAUGGUAUGGUAGGGGUAUGGGAGUAAACACAGGGGCCAUUAGGGAGACAUUCCUGGCAGGCAGGUAUAAUUACCUCAGGGUUUCAGGUUCAUUUAGCUUCACUCAGUCAGCUGGCUCUCAUCUGGAUCCCUCUGUUCUGUACUGCACAGAGACAUAUAGGACGCUUUUAAAGUGGCAACAAUGUGACAUUACCAUUGCUCACCUCUCAUGUGUCUGAGAGAGCAGUGACAUUUUACUGUAUCACAAUAGUGAUCUGAAGCACUUAUACACCCCCCCCCCCCCCCCCCCCACACUCUCUCUGAUGAUAAACUGUAUGUAUGUGUUGCCUUUGAUCACUUUUGUAUGUAUCUAUAUUGGCACGCAGCAUACUGAACACGCAGUAGGUACUAGAUGUUGGCAAUGUAGCUACGCUUACUGUAACUGUACUGCUUUGAAGUCCAGGUUUGAUUCCCAGGGACAUGUGAUUACUCAGGGUCCCUUUGGUGUGGUUUGAUGCUUGAAUUUAGAUGUAGGUAGAUAGCAAAGUAGAGAUAUUAGCAGAGAUACUUUUGUGUGUGUGUAAGAGAGAGAGAGAGAGAGAGAGAGAGAGAUAAUCUGGUGUAGCAAAGAUACAGUAGGGAAGACGCUCUCAUAGUAGUGAGUUUUGAGGCUUUUGAAUAGAAAACAGCAACACACCCACACUAUAUUCCCCCUGGAGGCCUCUCUCUGCUUGUGACAUAUCCAGUGGCUUCACACACACAGUGUUUCACACAAUAUUAUUGACAGCAGUGUGAUUCAUAUUGCUCCACAAUGGAAGUGCAGUAGGACCCAGUGGACCAACAGAUUGGCAUAAUACCACUGACUGACAGGAGGGAUUGUCAUCAACGACUGGUGAACAACUGAACCUUUCACUGUGGCUGGCGGCCCCAGGGGCCCAAUCUAACACUGUGCUGUCUCACAGGUGAAUAGAGGUGUCAAUAUAGAAUCUACAGUAUGACUCAAUCUGUACUGUUCCUCCACAGCAGGGGACACUGGUAGAGUGAAGGACGAUAAUAUAAGAAUGUAAAGCUGAAUAACGUUACAGACAUAAAUAUGCAAAACAUUCAAUGUUCUUCUAUUGUUUUUGUUAUGAAUAUUAUUCUCUUUUUUGAAAUCAGUAUUUUUUUGAAAACGGUUUCUUGUUUUAGCACUUAUUAGAUGUAAUAUGCACACUCAAAGACUGUGCUAUACAAGUGCCUGUGUACAGAGUCAGGUGUCUGAGUUAUGUUCAGAACACUUUCUGUUGUUCUUCUUCUUCUGUUUUUAUUCUCCCUUGUUGUAUGAUCUGUGUUUUGUUUCAUCAUUUGAGUGUUAAUGAAGGUUUCAGGAAGUAUAGGCCAUAGGUUAAAACAUACUACUGUUGUUGUUGAAAUCCAUAUAGCAUCAUCUACGUACAUGCCAUCUGCUGUGGUCCUAUUUUACCCACCACAAUAUACUCUAUCUACAGUGCAAAAGUGGCAAUAUGUGAUGAGCAUGACCAGUAUGUUUUUACAUGUUCAGCUUGUCCAGAGGUUGUGGACAGACAUGCCAUGUAUGAGGAGGAUUCACUGUGAUUCUCUAUGGUAAUAUCCAAGAUAUAAUAAAUCCCCACAGAAAUUUCAGACCCCGUCCUCCCAAAAGCUGAAUGUUACAUGUACUUAUCUACUAGUGUAAAAUGCAUUGUGUAAAUGUGAAUUUCUUAGAGUUGUUACAAUAUAUAAAUACACUAUAAAAUUGAAAA